CAGAGGAGUAGGAGGCGGUGUGGCGGGGUGAAAGAGGAAGAGAGAGUGAGAGAGGUAGAGAAGGAGCAGGAGAGAGAGAGAGCGCGAGCGCUCUAUGCUAUUGUUCAUUACCCUGUGCAGGGAACAAAGGGCCGGGCGAGCGCACUGUCUUGGGCUUUGCUUCGCAUUUGUGUUUGUGUUUUUAGUUGUAAAGAAGACCAUAGAUUCAGUCACUAAAAUUGGAUGUAAUAUUGCAUGCCACCAUGGGCUUUUAAAAGGGUAAAGUUGCGCUGAGAUCGGAGCUGAGAUCGGAGCAGGAGUGCAUUCUUCUCUCUGCACAGGCUGUUCGUCCAAGUCAUUCAAGCUGUACUCCCCAAAGGAGCCUCCCAACGGUAGUGCCUUCCCCCCAUUUCACCCAGGCACUAUGCUGGACAGAGAUGUGGGCCCAACACCUAUGUACACCCCUUCGUACAUGGAACCUGGAAUAGGGAGGCAUACACCGUAUGGAAACCAAACAGACUACAGAAUAUUUGAACUCAAUAAACGACUGCAGAACUGGACAGAGCAGGAUUGUGAUAAUCUGUGGUGGGAUGCCUUCACUACAGAAUUUUUCGAAGAUGAUGCCAUGUUAACAAUCACAUUCUGUUUGGAAGACGGCCCUAAACGAUAUACCAUUGGCCGGACGUUGAUUCCUCGCUACUUCAGAAGUAUCUUUGAGGGGGGAGCUACUGAACUCUUCUAUGUACUAAAGCAUCCCAAGGAGUCUUUCCACAGCAACUUUGUGUCCCUUGACUGUGAUCAGUGCACCAUGGUCACACAGAAUGGCAAGCCCAUGUUUACACAGGUUUGUGUAGAAGGCAGGUUGUAUCUGGAAUUCAUGUUUGACGAUAUGAUGCGCAUAAAGACGUGGCACUUCAGCAUCAGACAGCACCGGGAAGUCGUGCCACGCAGCAUAUUGGCCAUGCAUGCACAAGACCCUCAGAUGCUUGACCAGCUCUCAAAAAACAUCACAAGAUGUGGGUUGUCCAAUUCAACGUUAAACUACCUCCGACUGUGUGUAAUCCUGGAACCCAUGCAGGAGUUAAUGUCCAGACACAAGACAUACAGCCUCAGUCCUCGAGAUUGCUUAAAGACGUGCUUAUUUCAGAAAUGGCAAAGGAUGGUUGCCCCACCAGCUGAGCCGGCAAGACAAGCGCCAAAUAAGCGACGGAAACGGAAGAUGUCUGGUGGCAGCACCGUGAGCACUGGUGGGGGCACCAACAACAACAGCAACAGCAAGAAGAAAAGUCCAGCCAGCAGCUUUGCGCUCUCCAGCCAGGUACCUGACGUGAUGGUGGUGGGUGAGCCCACUCUGAUGGGAGGGGAGUUCGGGGACGAGGAUGAGCGGCUGAUCACGCGACUGGAGAAUACGCAGUUUGAUGCGGCCAAUGGCAUCGAUGAUGAGGACAGUUUCAGCAACUCCCCAGCUUUGGGCAACAACAGCCCGUGGAACAACAAAGCUCCCUCCAGCCAGGAGAGCAAGAGCGACAACCCCAGCUCCCAGUCAGCCCCGUAGACUACAAUACUCACUGUGCAUAGAUAGGGAAAGGGCAAUAUCAAAUGCCUGCUUUUGUUCAGAAUGGCACUUGCGUUGUAGUAAAGCCAGCCUUCCUGUCACAGUGUUCUGCUCUGAGGAGUCCUCACUGGCCAGACUAUGUUUUUCAACUUGUGAAAUUGUGAUUCGCCGCAUACUGUAGGAUUGAAAUUUGAUACAGUUAAAUUUCAUAAUUGAAUUAUUUCUUUUAAAGGAGCUCACUGUGCAUUUGUGCCUGAGAGAAAUUCAGUGUUUGGUCCGUUUGAGUUCUCUGAGCCUCAGCAGAGUUAGUGAAGGCAGUCAUGUCUGUGGGUUCUUGUUCCAACCUCGGGUCUCAGUGGGUGCUGUGCUUAACUAUGCAUGGCGGUUUCUGUUGUGCUCACUUCACAUGGAAGGGGUCUUUUAUUGAAUCAUCUAAUGAUAACUAUUAUGUGCACCUCAGAUUCAAAACCAACGCUAAAUUAUUUGUUUUGUAGGACCUGGUUGGAACAAAAACCUGUACAGUUCCGGAGCUUGAGGACCGGAGUUGAGAACCACUACGUAAAAUCUCUUAAUAAAGAAAUAAAUUAAUAAAAUAAGCAAAUAAGUGAAAGCCUCGAUGGUACUGGAGUUGUGGUCAUGCUCAGUAUGGUCAUAAGCAGAAGUGGACCAUGAAGCCAGGCUCCAAAGAGGUGUUUGUUUUUCUCAUUUGUUUUUGAGUUGUUGUUUUUUAUUUUUCUAACAAUUUGUAAGGGAAAAAUUAUGAGCAAGUAAGAAAUACCCUGAAUAUCCUUUGCACUGUUGCCACUCUAUUUUUGAUCUAUUUUUCUUAAAAGAAAAUUAUAGUACAUUUUUGUUUCUUUUUAUUCUUCCCUAUUAUUAAUAAGUGGAAUUUGAUUAAAUAUGUAACUGGAGAAUGGUAGAUUUAUAUAUGAUGAUAAUUUGUAUUAUUAAAGUUAUUACUUUGCGGUACAAAGCUGAGGUCCUGUUAAAUGUGUACUAAAGGUUUCAUGGCAUGUAUGUCUGGAAUCUGCAUGUUCCAGGCAUAAGGCUUACAGCGAGAGAAGCUAAUUAUUUACAGGAUCUCCCCUUUUUAUGUAAUCAUAUUUGGAGGGCUUUACCUCCAUGUGUAUGGUACACAUACUCAUUAAUUUGAGUUGAUGUUCUCAUGAAAGAGAUUUUUAAUCUGUACAGGAAAGUAGUCAACUCAAUACCUAUUAAAGGCUUCAUGGUACACUAACCAUGUGGUUUCAAAUGCAUAAGCAAAGCACCUCUUUUCCUCAACAAUAGAGUACGUGUUUAUUUUAGUCUCCCAAGAAUGGUUUGGUUUUGUUUUGUUUUUUUUAUAUGCUACAGACCAAGGAGCUAAGAGCAAGAUAAUUCAACUCAACUAUUGUGUAUUUGAUUCUAUGAAGAAUACUUUUCAUAAUUUUGUUUGUGUAUUUGUGCUUGUAUAUUUAAGACUGUAGCUAAGGUCUGUAUAAGUGUAAUUGUAUUUACUCGUCUUUAGAACAUCUCUAAGGACUUGCAUUUUAAUGUAAAAAAGCAAAAAAAAAAACAAAAAAAAAAACAUGCAUUGUAGUCAGUGUUUUUAGAGAUAUUAGUCAUAGGCAUCAUUUAUUUCUGGGAUUAGCUUCAAGUUUUUCAGUGUACAAUGUAUUUAUUUUUUUUUCUUGCCAUUGCAUCAUGUGUGUAUACAUUACAUUACAAUGUCAGUUUUCUGUCAUUUUCAAUAGAGAAUGAUGGCGCUGCCCUUUUCUAUUUCUCAUCACCUCAUCAUUUCAUUUUGUCUAAACAAAAGCAUUAAAAGUUGUCUGAAAAGAAAAAUCAGUCCUUUAGCUUUUAAUCCCCUAGAUAUAGUAGAUUAAAACACCAGAGGGCAUUCUGCAUUUUGGUUCUGUGUACUAUAUGGGGAAAGAGUUAUACUAAUUCAGCCAAGUAUUCUGCUCAAUUCUCAAACCUCCAGUAAAAUUCUUGUUCAGAUACCUUCCAAAUGUCCUGUGUUGCUUUUGGGGCUUUUCACCAAAUUAACAGCAAAGGGUUAAACCCUUUUCGUGUUCCUGUUGAGCCCCUUUGAUAGUGGCUGUUUGAUAAAUCUAUUUUUUUCUAUUGUCUGCUAUUGAUUCAUGUAUGGUAUAAUAAAACCAAUUUUCAUGUAA